AUGUCUGAAGUACAGGGAACACUGGAGUUUUCUGUAGAGUUGCACAAAUUUCACAAUGUGGAUCUCUUUCAGAGGGGGUUCUACCAGAUAAGAGCAGGGUUGAAGGUCUCACCUCGAGUGCCCCACAGGUUGAUAGUGACAACACACGACAAUGCAGGAGAAUGCAGUUUCAGCUCGCCGGGGGUUUACGAUGGCACCGUGUUCAGCCGGAUAUUUCAGAUCCUUUACAGAAAUGAGGAGAUUGCGGUGAAUGACUGUAUGAUCUUCAAAGUCCACUUGCUAUUGGAUGGAGAAAGGGUGGAGGAAGCCUUGAGUGAGGUGGACUUCCAGUUGAAGCUUGAUCUUCAUUUCACAGACAAUGAGCAACAGUUGGCAGAGAUAGUCACUGUCCCACUGAUCAGCAGCCGGACCCUCAGCCUCCACUUUCACCCACGGAGAGGCCUCCACCACCAUGUCCCCGUCAUGUUUGACUACUUCCACCUGUCCGUCAUUUCUGUCUCCAUACAUGCGUCACUGGUUGCCUUACAUCAGCCGCUAAUCAGCUUUGCCCGUACAGGGAAGGGCUCCUGGCUGGGAAAGGGCUCACCAGAGAGUGCAAGCGACCCAUCUGCCAUGUCUGUAGAGAACCUUGUGUUCGGAGCUGGCUAUUGCAAGCCUGUCAUCUCUGAGGGAAGCUUUUAUGUGCCCAGUGAAAACUGCAUGCAAAGAGCUCAUACGUGGCACCGAAGACUCUGUCGCCUCCUGUUGGUCGCACACAGAGGCCUGCAUACCUACUACACUGCUCUGUUGAAGGAAAUCCCACAGCUCCAGCAGACUCCAUUGGACUCAGAACUGCUGCCUGUAGAAGAAACUCUUAAUCAGAUCACAAUAGAGUUACAGCUGCAGGAAGGCCAUGAGAAGGUAGCUGAGCAGAUCAGCAGGGACGUUAGCCAGCUCUGCGCCCAGCUGGCUGCUCUGUGGAGCCGCUUCCUGGAGGCGGCUGUGCUCAACCCCCACAUCCUCUCCUAUCUAGCCCAGGAGCACCACACGCUCAGGGUCAGGAGGUUUUCAGAAGCAUACUUCUUCACCGAGCACCCCAAAGAGAUAUCUCUGACUUUUCAAGAGGAACUAAUCAACAGACAUGGCCAGAUAGCUGCAGAAGUCCGGAGCUCAGACUACCUGACCAAGAUGCCUCCUUUACCUGUUGAGUGCCUGGACAUUGAUGGAGACUGGAACAGUCUGCCAAUCAUUUUUGAAGACAGAUAUGUGGAGUCUCCUCAAACAGAGUGGGUAUCACAUGUGCCAAUCCUUGCAACUGCUGAUAAGCAGACCAGCCAAGAUUCUGCUGUCACUCCCGCCAACAGGAUUCUUGAGAGCGGCCAGGGAGCCAGAUCACCAGCAAUACCCCAGGACCCCUUGGAGAGUGAUGACUGCAUGGACCUGCCCACAUAUGUGUCACUCAUAGCAGAGCAGAGUAAGACCAGUGCCAGCAUCGGAGGUACCCAGGAAAUCAUUCCAAGUGAGGAAAGCACUGAACCCUCUCUAGUAGAUGGAGAAGAUUUGGUGGAACCAAAGGAAAAACAAGCCCCAGUUGAGGACAGCUGUAGUUCAGAUCUGGGGUACAUUUCAGUUAAACAUUCUGAUGUUGACUCUUAUAGAGAAGAAGCAGUCAUGGUUCCCUCCUCAAACCACAACCCCCUCAUUGACUGUAACAACAGCAGUGAUGAGUCUCCUGCUCAUUGUCUAACAGAAGAUAACAUCCAACUUUGUGAUGCCACAAAUGACAGCAAUGCCAGAGAGAAUGAGAACAAUGAAGAAGAGUCUGAUAUUGCCAUGCCAUUAAAUCACUCCAUGGAUGAUGAGAGUGAAGAUGUCCCUCUCAUCAGUCUACCCCCUACCUAUGCCCAUCCAGUUCUACCUUCUUUUCCUGGGGAUCUCAGAAAAGAGAUGACUCACCGAGGAGGCCUGGUUGGCUCCAAGAUCAUGAAGCGCUCGUCCUCAGUUAUUUCUGAUUCAGGUAUUGAGAGUGAGCCCAGCUCGGUGGCAUGGCCUGUGGAGGCUGCACUGCAAGGACGACCCCCUCUAGACUUCUCAAGUGAACGGGAGAUCCCACAGCAAAUAGUGUGUCGGCACCCGGUCCACCGCAGCUCUCUGGAAGGCCUGCAGAUGGAGAGCAACGGCAGUCUGCCAAGUGGAGGCAUACAGGCCUCACUAACCUCUAUCAGCUCGCUGCCCUACGAGGAGGACCAGCAGCAGAGGCAGCUCAGCAAACUGACCAAGUCUGUCUCUGCACCACAGAUAAGUAGCCCAGAAGACACUGAGGAGGACCAUGUGCUACUCAACCAGGAAGUAGAUAGUAAAAGUUUAGUGCAACACCAGAAUUCAUGUAGAAUCAGCUGCUCUUCUAUGAAGAGCAACCUAGAUUCAGAACAAUCUGAAUCAUCACUAUUAGACAUGAGUUCAACAACAAAUAUGGGCAACAAUAUCAGCUCUGAAAAGUCAAACCCUCCACAGUACCUGUCAGAGACAUACAGAAUCAAGUCAGUGUUAGGUGGCGUCUCUGAAGUGUUGCUUUUACAAGAGUCUGUAGAGGGCCCUCAUGUGAAGGAAAGUACUGUUAUUAGCAGCCAGAGGGAGAAUAUCAACCAUCAAACAGACAUCAGUGGAGUAAGCGCCUCAGUGGAGGAUGUGCAUCUUGUUGAAUCGGAAGCAGCGCCCUGCAGCUGUGGAAACAAACCAUGUGUGCAUAAACCUGCAGUGGAUCAGGAGGUAGUUAACAGAGGAGCUGAGAGUUUCCAUCAGACUGAACUGAUUGGCAUUAAUGACAAGGAAGGUUUGGAUCCCUCCCAAACUCCUUUCGAGCCUGACUCUUCAAGACACUCCGGUGACUACCCCAACAGUCGUACCACAACACAGAGGCCGAGUGACCUCAUAGGGCUGAUAACCAAUGAUGUUGAAUCAUCUGUUGACCACAAUGGGAUAUCAAAUAAUGAGAAAGAACCAUUAGAUUGCCACACAAAGCCCUCUAAGAUCCCCAACUCGGGCUUGGCCUUCAUGAAUAAGAAGAUGGUGGAAGUGGUGAACAUGUCAGUGUCCUGUGCCCCGACCUGUCUGCCGUUUUCUUCUGCUCUGAGAGACUCUCCGUCCAUCAGUGGAAUGUCAGCUCGCCAGGCUACCUCACCUAUUACCCAUCAGCCCCUGGGCUCUUUUGGUAUCAUCUCCUCAUCUUCACUCAAUCCCCUGAGCAUGGAUGACGAAACCAAUGAGCGAAUGCUGAAUUUCUUCAAAGCCAAAGAGGAGCUGUUCAAAGAGUUGAGCUUUCAGGCCAGCUUGUACAGUGACCUUCCUCUCCUGGCCUCAGAUCUGCCCUACUUUCCCCCUGAGGAGGACGAUGAGGAGUUUGAUGACGGCAUACACCUCGUGGUGUGUGUCCACGGGCUUGAUGGAAACAGCGCAGACCUUCGGCUGGUGAAGACCUUUAUUGAGUUAGGACUUCCAGGAUCGAGGCUCGACUUCCUCAUGUCUGAAAGAAACCAGAUUGACACAUUUGCAGAUUUUGACACCAUGACAGACAGGUUGCUGGAUGAGAUCAUUCAGCAUAUCCAGCUGUACAAUCUCACCAUAGGCAGGAUAAGCUUCAUUGGACACUCCCUAGGGAACAUCAUCAUCCGCUCUGUGCUGACGAGGCCUCGCUUCCGCUGCUAUUUGCCCAAACUGCACACUUUCCUCUCGCUGUCAGGCCCACACUUGGGAACGCUGUACAACAACAGCACAUUGGUCAGCACAGGUUUGUGGUUAAUGCAAAAGCUGAAGAAAUCGGGAUCAUUGCUGCAGCUCACCUUCAGAGAUCAUGUUGAUCCGCGGAAAACAUUCCUCUAUCUCCUGAGUCAGAAACCAGGGCUCCAGUUCUUCAAGAAUGUGGUGUUGGUGGCGUCUCCGCAGGACCGUUAUGUUCCCUUUCACUCUGCCAGAAUAGAGAUGUGCAAAACUGCUCUCAAAGACAGAACCACAGGCCCAGUAUACACUGAGAUGAUCAACAACCUCCUGCAACCACUUGUGGAGGCUAAAGAUUGCCGGCUAAUCCGCCAGAAUGUGUUCCACGCUCUGCCCAACACAGCUAACACCUUGAUCGGCCGGGCUGCCCACAUCGCUGUUUUGGACUCUGAGCUUUUCCUAGAGAAGUUCUUCUUAGUGGCAGGGCUCAACUACUUCAAAUAA